GAGAGGCGGAUAUUCUUCGACGCCAUCUUGCUGCGUAGACUGACCAGAGUCCGUGGCAAAUUUACCUUUACUAGCAAUUGUUGAUAAUUGUAUUUAUCCGAAAUGUCGGAUAAGGAAGUUCACGAGCUUUCUAUCCGCCCGAUUACUUGCUUCUGUUUCAACAAGGAUUGCAGUCAGCUGGCGUUUUCUCCAAAUGACAGCACCGUUCACAUUUGCAAGAGAGCUGGCAACACAUGGGAUAAAGGAGUUGUACUGUCUGAGCAUGGCCAACGUGUGACAGGAAUGGCUUGGGCCCCAACCAGUAACAGGCUUGUCACCUGUGGAGCGGACAGAAAUGCCUAUGUAUGGGACCUACAAGAUGGCCAGUGGAAACCUAUGCUUGUUAUUUUGCGUAUCAAUCGUGCUGCAACCUGUGUUUGCUGGUCUCCUAAAGAGGACAAGUUUGCUGUAGGAAGCAGUGCUCGUCUCAUUUCAGUGUGCUAUUUUGAAAAGGAGAAUGACUGGUGGGUCAGCAAGCACAUCAAGAAGCCAAUCCGUUCCACUGUCUUGUGUCUUGAUUGGCAUCCAAACAACUUAUUGCUGGCUGCUGGUUCUUCUGACUUCAAGACAAGGGUGUUUUCUGCUUUUAUAAAGGAAGUAGAUGGAAAGACUAACACAGACACUAUCUGGGGAAAGAAAUCCAGUUUUGGAAGCUGUUUGUCUGAGUUUUCUAAUGGCAGAGGUGGUUGGGUGCAUGGUGUUAGUUUCUCUGCCUCAGGAAACAAACUUGCCUGGGUUGGUCAUGAUUCUAGCAUCAGUGUGGUGAAUGCUGCUAAUGAAUCCAAAAUGGCAACAAUCAAAGGCGAUUUCUUGCCUUUCACAGCUUGUGUGUGGGUCACUGAAAACAGUAUUGUCACUGCUGGGUAUGACUAUGUCCCAAUCUUGUUCAACCAUGAUGAUAAUGAUACUCUGAGUGGAGGCCAAAAGCUGGAUAUACCUAAGAAGAAGGAAUCCUCUGGAACUGUCAGUGCCAUGGCUAAGUUCCGCACCAUGGACAAACGAGCUCAGAGUGCUGAUGACAGUGAAUCUGGUACAGGAGUGCAGACCACCCAUCAAAAUGCCAUUAAUCAAGUGCAGAUCCACAGUGGAACUAAGGCAGGUGCCACCAAGUUUGCAUCAUCUGGUGUUGAUGGUCGUCUUGUCAUUUGGAACGUCAAGUCCCUGGAAUCUUCCAUUGCUGGUUUGAAGAUUUCUUAGAUGUUAAGAAGAUCAGUGUUUUCUUUUCCUGGGCUGUUAGAGAUGCCUUAUAUUUGUAUCUGCUAAACAAAUUUCUUUUAUAAAAGUUGGAAGGCGAUGAUUUUACCACAAGUUGAAGUGGAUCAUCGAAUCAAUAAAUGUUCUUUCGUUUUCUAAA